CGGAGGAAAUUCUCUCUCUCUCUCUCUCUCUCUCUCUCUCACAGGAGGAAAGAAAACUCGAGCGGAAAAAGGGCCUCCUUUUUUCCACCGUCAGAUCCGACGCGUCCACGAUCGCGAUGUCUCCCACCGUCCGAUCAUCCUCUCUAUUCUCCGUCCUCCUCCUUUCCUUCCUCCUCUUCGUCGCUCCGUCCUCCGCUUCCGAAUCCGAUCACAAGUAUCAAUCAGAGGAACAAGUUACCCUCUGGGUAAACAAGGUCGGCCCUUACAAUAAUCCUCAAGAAACAUAUAACUAUUACAGUCUUCCAUUCUGCCAUUCAUCUACCAAUCCUGCUCACAAGUGGGGCGGACUUGGUGAGGUUUUGGGUGGGAAUGAGCUCAUCGACAGUCAGAUUGAAAUUAAAUUUCAGAAAAAUGUCGAUCGAAGCUCCAUUUGUGAGCUCGAACUAGAUGCUGCAAAGGUGAAACAAUUCAAGGAUGCAAUUGAUAAUGCAUACUGGUUUGAGUUCUUCAUGGGCUAUGUUGGUGAGAAAGGCAAUGAUAAUAAACAUCUACUCUAUACUCACAAGAAUUUCGCUGUUAAAUACAAUGGAGAUCAGAUUAUUCAUGUCAAUCUUACUCAAGACACCCCUAAAGCUCUGGAAGUUGGGAAAACAUUGGACCUGACAUAUUCUGUCAAGUGGGUUGCAACAAAUGUAACUUUUGCACGCCGUUUUGAUGUUUACUUGGACUACCCUUUCUUUGAGCACCAGAUCCAUUGGUUCUCCAUUUUCAAUUCUUUUAUGAUGGUCAUCUUCCUCACUGGUCUGGUGUCGAUGAUACUGAUGCGAACCCUUAGAAAUGACUAUGCAAAAUAUGCUCGGGAAGAUGAUGAUCUGGAAACUCUGGAGAGAGAUGUGAGUGAAGAGUCUGGUUGGAAGCUUGUCCAUGGGGACGUAUUUCGGCCUUCACGUAAUUUGGUCAUCCUCUCUGCAGUUGUUGGUACAGGCGCUCAGCUUGCGAUGCUGGUUCUCCUUGUCAUCCUACUGGCAAUCAUUGGAAUGUUAUACAUCGGGCGAGGAGCAAUUGUCACAACUUUCAUAGUCUGUUAUGCUCUUACGUCAUUCAUCUCGGGUUAUGUUAGUGGUGGACUUUACUCACGCAAUGGUGGUAAAAGCUGGAUAAAGUCAAUGAUCCUCACAGCCUCCCUUUUCCCAUUUAUGUGCUUUGGAAUUGGAUUCAUACUCAACACAAUUGCUAUAUUCUAUGGAUCUCUAGCUGCCAUUCCCUUUGGGACUAUGGUUGUUGUGUUUGUAAUUUGGGCAUUCAUUUCAUUCCCUCUGGCACUUCUUGGUACGGUAGUUGGUAGAAACUGGAGUGGUUCUCCGAACAAUCCUUGCCGGGUGAAGACCAUUCCCCGUCCAAUCCCCGAAAAGAAAUGGUAUCUCACACCAUCCGUUGUGUCUAUGAUGGGAGGGCUGCUUCCUUUUGGCAGUAUAUUCAUUGAAAUGUACUUCGUCUUCACAUCCUUCUGGAAUUACAAGGUGUACUAUGUCUAUGGUUUUAUGUUACUAGUUUUCCUGAUUCUCAUAAUUGUCACCGUAUGUGUGACUAUUGUGGGUACGUAUUUCUUGCUGAAUGCUGAGAACUAUCAUUGGCAAUGGACUUCGUUCUUCUCCGCUGCGUCAACCGCUGUAUAUGUGUACCUUUACUCCAUAUACUACUACUAUGUGAAGACGAAGAUGUCGGGCUUCUUCCAGACGAGCUUCUAUUUUGGCUACACUCUGAUGUUUUGUCUGGGUUUAGGAAUCCUUUGUGGGGCUGUAGGUUAUUUGGGAUCCACUCUGUUCGUAAGGAGGAUUUACAGAAACAUCAAAUGUGACUAGUAUGGACAGAGGUUGGAGAUCGAGAGAGCUUCCCAGGGGUCAUGUCAUCUAGGCAAAAUGCAUGUGAGGAAAGGCCGGCCAACCUGACAGACUUGAUGGUGCUUACGGAAAUCACGGGGUCUUUGAGGGAGGGCUGUGUAUUUGUUGCCGGACUUUCGGAGGCUUUGCAUUUUUUUUUUUUUUCCGGCUGUAAGUGAAAGCCUUCUUCCUUACUUAUUUAGUGCUGAGAUAGUGUUAUAUCCAGAAAUCAUAUUUUAGUACCAUGCAUGUGGGAUACUUUUACGUAGGGUGGCCGUCUCUUUUUAGCCUUUUGCUAUGUACCUCAACAAAUGGAUAAUCAUGUACUCAUACUUAAAUUUUUUUUUUCUUCAUUUC